AUACCCUAACGGCUAACAAACGGUCACGCUAGCUGCAACACGUGCAGGCCGCAUUCAAUACACACAGCACAAUAAUUUUUCGCAAAUUAAAGUUGAAUUAACAGAACUAUGGUAACGCGCAAGAAGCCAGUCAAGCGCAGCGCCGAGGCGGCGGCCAUCGACAACGACGAGGACGAGGCGGCAACACAAGCCAAGGUGCCCAAGGAGGUGCUGGUCGUGGCCCAGGAGGUCAAGAUGGUGCGGGCCCUGGCCUGUAACGAUGUGACCCAGCGGAAUCGCCAGAUCCGCAAACUACGCAAGUGGUUCAAACUGCGGGCCAGCAGCUCGUACCCCUUCAACGAGGACGACUUCAUGCGGAUCUGGAAGGGUCUGUACUACACCAUGUGGAUGUCGGACAAGCCGCUGGUCCAGGAGGAACUGGCCGAGCAGCUGGCCCAGAUGGUGGACAGCUUCGGCGGUAACACCACCUGCAGCUUGGCCUACUUCAGUGCAUUUAUGCGCACCAUGUGCCAGGAGUUCUUCGGCAUCGAUCAGUGGCGCAUGGAUAAGUUCCUAAUGCUUGUCCGUCGCAUGCUGCGGUACAUGCUGCGGCUGCUCAAGCAGAGCAAGUGGUCAGCGGAGCUGAUCAAUGCCUUCAACAACCGCAUGCUGCAGUCCGUCCUUUCCGAGCAGCCCAAGAGUCGCGGCCUCACCAUGCACUAUCUGGACAUAUUCUUCGAGGAACUGGCCAAGGCGGCCGAUGGCGAGAUCACUGCCGCCCAGGUCAAUAUCUUCUUGCGUCCUUUUGUCACUUACCUGGCCACGCAGCGCGAUCCCAAGCUGGUGGCCCAGUGCCGGACAAGAGUGCUGUACCACCUGCUGUAUCAAAGCGACCUGGGCCGUGAGUACAGCGAGAAAUACAAUGCCUGGAAGCUAAUGGGCUUCCCCACGGCCUCCAUUGAUGACAUUGAAAAACUGGACUCUGGCUUUGAUGAGGAGGAAGACGAGGUCCAAGCUGACGAAGAGACGCCGCGGACCACUUCGCUAGAUCCCCGGGCGGGCAACGUGGACGUGCACAUGCCAGAGCUGCCCCUUAACGCAGAUUGCGUACUUGAUGAGCUGCAGACCCUCAUCCGCACGAAUGACUUCAACAGCAAGAGACGCAAAGCCUUGCGCAAGCUAAUCCAGAUUUUCGAGACCUAUAAGGGCGGCGAGUUCCCACUGGGUGUGCGCACCAUGCCAAAGGUGGAAGGCCAGACUCUGGCCGAGAUGGUAGAAGAGAAGGUGGCCAACAUCGAGAAGAUGGAGGACGAGGUCUAUGGCACCGGAAGAAAACUCAAAAAGCUCAACAAGUCGAAGCGCAAAAAGCUUCUGCAGUCCAUCAACUUUGAGGAGGUGGACGAGCACAACUAUGACGAGAUCAUUGGCAAGGCCUUGCCCCCGGAGCUGCAGAAAAAGGUCAAGCAUAAUGCAAAGGUGCGUUCCAGCAUCAACAGUGCCUGGGUGGUGGAAAAAGUCAAUGAAUCCGAUGUAGGAGACAAAAAGGCGGAGGUCAAACCGAAGGAGAAGAAAGCGAAAAAAGACCAGCAGCUCAAUGCCAAGAAACCAGAGCAGCAGAAGACCAAGAAGGCAGAGCUGGCGAAGCCGAAGAAGGAGCAACAGACCCAGGCCAAUAAAGAAGAGCAGUCCCAUCCAAAAAUAGAAGAACAGCCCAAGAAGGACGAGCAGCCGAAGACUGCGACACCCACGCCCGAAGUUCAGCCGGAACCGCAGACAAAGGCUGCAGGACUGAAGGAUAAAGAAUCACCCAAGACCACCCAGAAAGCAGCCAACGGCUGGGACGCCCCCUUGGAGGCUGGAGAGCAGGAAAUCUUCGUUCCCUCGCGAAAGCAACAACUGAAGCAGGCCAACACCAAGCUGCUGCAGAAGUCUACAAAUAAAACGCCCGCGGCGCGAGCUCAGUUUGCCACUCCACAGCCGGGGGGCAGCGUCAAACGGGUGAGGAUCAUGACCAAGUGCAACAGCGAGUACACCAAGACCGACUACAACCGCCAGCUGAAGCUGUCGCCCCAAGUACCCUACGACGCUGACCGCUUGCCCGGUAAGAGUGCCCUCAAGCCACAUGUUCUGCCGGGCCCAAUUCAUCCUAGUUUCAAAGCAAAGCGCCUCUUCAACGACACUCUGUGACAUCGCAUGGAGCGGGCGGGAAUGGGGCUGGGACUUGACGAGGAUCAGGAGCAUUAAUAUAUAUAUAUAUAAUAAUAUAUCCCCAGAAGUGCUGUACUCCGGCUCUCCAGCAGUUGUCAUCAUCGCAUGUUACGGAAGCACUUUCAGCUCUAUGAAUUGUCUUUGGAGAACACGGAAACAGCUCUCCUCUGCACAAGCAUGUCUUAUGGGGGUUCCAUAUACAGUCCUUAUUAUAUCCUUGAUUUGUGCGCAAGGCUUUCUUCCAAGAACUUAUAACCCUUAUGAUAUAAACACUUUUAUAUACAAAAAGAAUGUAUAUUGCUUUUUGCUGCUUGUAUACUUUUCUACUUUUAUGAGACCCGCAUAAGACAUCCCCUAACCUCUUAGUAGAUACAAUUAAAUCUUAAUGUACCAUUGCUUGUAGGCCAUUUUAUGUUCAAGCUAUCCUCCAAGUUGAUAUUGAAAUAAAAGCAAACGUAGUAUAUGUAA